AAGCCUGAUUAUGGGAUGUUCGGCAGUGGAAAAGGGUCUAUGUGUCAAGUGUGUCAUCGAGUGAUUUAUAUCCCUGGCAGGGAUCUCUGUCUUGUCAGUCGGGAAUAAGCCGCAUAGAGGAGAGAGAAGCAUUGAAACCUUUACUGAAGGUGAAGCAAAAUAGUUUUAAAGUGUAAAUCCAGGGCUUGGUGCCAUCACCUGGUGCUGUAGUGGCUCUUGAGUGUUUCUGUCUGUCUCUAAUGUUGACGUUGCUGGCGUCCCCUGACCUGUCGCCACUCUCCAAGGGUUCCUCUCUUGAGUUAAGUCUUCAGCAUGGACACUGGCACCUUUAAAAGAUCCUCCCUCAAACGCAGCACAUCUGACUCGCAGAAGGCACAGAAAGUAUGGAUUGAGAGGACCUUUCUUAAAAGAGAAUGUAUACACAUAUUUCCCAGCAAAGACCCAACCAGAUGUGCCUGUGGUCAGCUGACAACACAGCACGUGGCCAUCCCUCCCGGUGCCAACUCCUUAGAGGAAACCCACCAGCUGGUUCAGAUUGAUACCCCAAAGGAUAAAUGGAGUGUGAUCAAGCACACCAGGACGUACCCGACGGACGCCUUUGGCAUCAUUGAGUUCCAAGGAGGAGGAUUCAUCAACAAAGCCAUGUAUAUCCGGGUUUCAUACGACACCAAGCCUGACAACCUACUGCAUUUGAUGGUAAAGGACUGGCAGUUGGAGCUGCCCACCUUGCUCAUCUCUGUACACGGGGGUCUCCAGAACUUUGACCUCCAGCCCAAACUCAAACAAGUGUUUGGCAAAGGCCUGAUUAAAGCGGCCGUCACAACUGGAGCCUGGAUCUUCACGGGUGGAGUUAACACAGGGGUCAUCCGCCAUGUUGGAGAUGCCUUAAAGGACCAUUCCUCUAAGUCACGUGGAAAGGUGUGUGCUAUAGGGAUUGCUCCAUGGGGGAUCCUUGAAAACAAAGAAGACCUCAUUGGAAAAGAUGUAACAAGACCCUAUCAGACGAUGGCAAACCCACUGAGCAAGCUGGCUGUGCUCAACAACAGCCAUUCCCACUUCAUCCUCACAGACAACGGAACCUGCGGGAAGUACGGCUCUGAGGUCAAACUCCGUAGACUGCUGGAGAAGCACAUCUCUCUGCAGAAGAUCAAUACUCGUUUGGGUCAGGGGGUUCCUCUGGUGUGUUUAAUAGUAGAGGGAGGUCCCAACGUUAUCUCCAUUGCCCUGGAGAGUCUGAGAGAUGAGCCCCCCAUCCCUGUGGUGGUGUGCGAUGGCAGCGGCCGUGCUUCUGACAUCAUUUCCUUUGCGCACAAGUUCUCAGAGGAUGGAGGCCUGGUUAAUGACGAUGUCAGAGACCAGCUUUUAGUGACUAUUCAGAAGACAUUCAAUUAUAGCAAAAGCCAGUCGCAGCAGAUCCUGCUCAUGGUAAUGGAGUGCAUGAAAAAAAGGGAAUUGAUUACAGUUUUUCGAAUGGGGUCUGAGGGACAACAGGAUAUAGAAAUGGCCAUCCUUACUGCUUUGUUAAAAGGAACGAACGCAUCAGCAGCAGACCAGCUCAGUUUGGCUCUGGCCUGGAACAGAGUGGAUAUCGCACGAAAUCACAUCUUUGUUUACGGACACAAUUUGCCACCUGCUGGUGCUAUUGCCAACACUACAACCACUGCAGCCCCGUCUCAGGAGAAACAGAGGAGCCCUGCGAGCGCUCCUCGCAGCAAGACUCGGGUCAAGAAGGGGAAAGGGAAGGGAAAGGCAAAACCUGAACCACCAGAGGAAACAGAUCCAAGGAAGUUGGAGUUGAUUCGCUGGGUGAACUCACUGGAGCAGGCUAUGAUGGAUGCUCUGGUGCUGGACAGAGUGGACUUUGUCAAACUGCUCCUCGAGAAUGGAGUCAACAUUCACCACUUCCUCACCAUUCCCAGGCUGGAAGAGUUAUACAACACGAAACUUGGCCCGGCAAAUACCCUGCACGCUGUGGUUAGGGAUGUCAAAAAGGGAAACCUUCCUCCAGAUUAUCAAAUUACUUUGAUUGAUAUUGGUCUUGUGCUGGAAUACCUCAUGGGCGGAGCUUACAGAAGCAAUUACACCAGGAAAGCUUUCCGUAACCUCUACAAUAAUCUAUAUGGACUAAAAAGGCCCAAAGCUCUGAAGCUUCUAGGAAUGGAGGAUGAUGAACCUAGGUCAAAAGGCAAGAAAAAGGCCAAAAAGAAGAAAGAGGAGGAGGUGGAAAUUGAUGUGGAUGACCCUGAAGUCUGUCGAUUCAAGUAUCCCUUCCACGAGCUGAUGCUGUGGGGGGUGCUGAUGAAGCGCCAGAAGAUGGCACUAUUUCUCUGGCAGCGUGGCGAAGAGGCUAUGGCAAAGGCUUUAGUGGCUUGUAAACUGUAUAAGGCCAUGGCUCAUGAGUGCUCUGAGAGUGAACUGGUGGAUGAUAUCUCCCAAGAUCUGGAAAACAACUCCAAAGAAUUUGGACAACUGGCCUACGAAGUAUUGGACCAGUCCUACAAGCACGAUGAACAGGUGGCCAUGAAACUCCUAACAUAUGAGCUGGUUAACUGGAGUAACUCCACCUGUCUGAAGCUGGCUGUGGCUGCUAAGCAACGUGACUUCAUCGCUCACACCUGCAGCCAGAUGUUGCUCACUGAUAUGUGGAUGGGCUGCUUGAGGAUUGGAAAAAGCCCGGGCCUGAAGGUUAUUCUGGGAAUCAUCUUCCCUCCUCUGAUUCUGCUGUUGGACUUCCGCCUUGGAGACGAUGCCUCUUAUCAGGCACCUGCACGCAAAGAAGAGGGAAAGGACAAAGAUGAUGACACAAAAUCCAGCAAGGAUGCCAACACUGAUGCAACUUCCCGAAAAGGAGACGAAGAAGAGGAUAGCACCAAAAUCCAUAAAAUCCCAGUUGGCAAAAGAUUCUUUGAGUUUUAUAAUGCACCUUUCACCAAAUUCUGGUUUAACACAAUCUCCUAUCUGGGCUAUCUGAUGCUGUACAACUACAUUAUCCUGGUGAAAAUGGAGCGAUGGCCAUCUAUACAAGAGUGGAUGGUCAUAGCAUACAUCCUCACACUUGGCACUGAAAAAGUCCGACAGAUUCUGAUGUCAGAACCAGGGAAGCUGAAACAAAAGAUAAGUGUGUGGAUGGAGGAGUACUGGAACAUCACAGACCUGGUUGCCAUAUCCACGUUCCUUCUGGGGCUAAUGCUACGGCUACAGCCUGAACCGUACAUGGGCUAUGGCAGGGUUAUCUACUGUAUAGACAUCAUCUUCUGGUACAUUCGUGUAUUGGACAUCUUUGGAGUCAACAAAUACCUGGGACCUUAUGUGAUGAUGAUAGGGAAAAUGAUGAUUGAUAUGAUGUACUUUGUGGUGAUCAUGCUGGUGGUGCUUAUGAGCUUCGGAGUGGCUCGACAAGCCAUACUUCAUCCAGAUGAGGAGCCAACAUGGCGCCUGGCCAGAAACAUUUUCUACAUGCCUUAUUGGAUGAUCUAUGGGGAGGUUUUUGCAGACUCGAUAGACCGUAAGACUAGAAUUCAUAUCUAUGCAAUGGAAAUCAACCCUCCAUGUGGUGAACAUUUAUAUGAUGAGGAUGGGAAGAAACUCCCCCCAUGUAUCCCCGGUGCCUGGCUCACACCUGCCAUUAUGGCCUGUUACCUUCUCGUAGCAAACAUUCUUCUGGUCAACUUGCUCAUUGCGGUCUUCAACAACACCUUCUUUGAAGUCAAGUCAAUUUCCAACCAAGUGUGGAAGUUCCAGAGAUAUCAGCUGAUCAUGACUUUCCAUGACCGUCCCAUUUUACCGCCACCUCUCAUCAUCCUCAGCCACCUCUAUAUCCUCUUCAACAGAAUGUUCAAGCGAUGUGCCAGGAAGAAACAGGAGGGAGAGCUAGAUGAGAAAGACCGUGGCCUCAAGCUCAGGCUGAAUCCAGAGGAGCUAAAAUUCCUGUACGAGUUUGAAGAACAGUGUGUCGAGGAAUAUUUCAGAGAGAAAGAGGACGAGCAACAGUCUUCCAGUGACGAACGCAUCAAGGUUACUUCAGAGAGAGUUGAGAAUAUGUCAAUGCGUCUGGAAGAGGUAAAUGAGAGGGAGAACACGAUGAAGGCCUCCCUGCAGACGGUGGAUCUGCGUCUGGCCCAGCUGGAGGAGCUCCAUGGACGUAUGGCAACCGCCCUUGAAAAGCUUGCAGGUGUGGACAGGUUAGAGCUGACUCGAACCUAUUCGCGAAACUCAUCGGUGUGCGACCCUUCCAAUCUCCUUCGCCAAGGCAGUAUUAACAGUGCUGACGGUUACAGUCUUUACCGUUUCCACAUGGAUAUGGAAGAGUUUGCAUCCAGGCAGAAGGACACAGAAGACACAACAAAAACCGGCCUAGAAAGACAGCGGAGUCUGCGGCAAGCCUCAAGUAUGUGCACUCUCAACACCAAGGAAGGUGGUCAGAGCUCAGAGUCCGGAGGUUUCGAGAGACCUCCGCCAAGCUCAGUUGUAGAUAUUCUCAUAUCUCCGUGUGAACAAAGGCCCUCUUCUGCAACAUCAAGUCAAGAAACAAUAACAAACAUAAAACAAGGCAGCACGAUGUUUCUAGACAGACUACCAGACAAAAACAGACUGAGGCCUUUGUCCCCUCCAAAAAGGACAAAAUCGUUGAAACACUAUCCAAUUGAAGACCAAUUCAUUUCUCCUUUGACAAAGAGGAGGUCUAUGAGCACCAUCAUUAUGAACCCCCCUGAUGAACCACAGAAAGCUCCUGAGCCCAUAGACAAAGUCCAGAGUCUGCUAGGAAACUCCUCUUCGCCAAAGAGGACUAAAUCUCUGAGGUACAUCCCUACUGAAAACCAAAGCCAGACUUCUCCCAUCACUAAGAAGAGGGCUAUGAGCAGCAUCCUCUACACUCCAGCUGAGGCUGGUGAUGAUAUGAUGCAAACUGCAGAGUACAGGUCACUGGUAGAGCACAUUAAUAAAACUCCAAAUCAGUGGCCAUCAAAUUUAGCGUAUCAGGUGCAUCCUACCACUUUGGGUCAAAUGCCUAAAGUAUCAACAGUCAGAACACUCACCCAGCAAUAUCAAACUCAGACUGAGGCAAUUCCUACAGAAAGUACGAGGACUCUUCCAGGAACAGAAACUCCAGAGGAUCCAAAAACGAUCAAGAGAAACCUCUCGAACACCACAGAGUAUCUGACAGCUGCUGAUGAAAAAUAUUUACCCUCUCACAGAUCACAGACUUGGAACGCAAGCGACAGGAGAGCCAAGUCCAUGAUGGUUAGCAAGCAGCUAGCUGCAUCUAGCAGCGAGAGAGUCCUUAACGAAAGCAGAAAGGUGUCAACUUUUGGACAGGCAGAUGAGGAAACAAAAUCAGAUGUAGGGAAGAAGGAAGACGAUGUCCAGGAGUAAAAAUGAGAGCCUUAAAAAGAGAAAAUAAACCAGCAUGAAGUGGAAAAAAUAGCAAGAAGAUAAACAGAAAGCCAUGAUUAAAGUAGUGGACAUGUAGCCUGCCAUCAGAAAUCAUUACUAAGUGAGUUUCUGAUACAAAGAUACAAACAAAAUGACAAUAACGGGGGGAAAAAAGCUUUACCAGAGUUUCUUUCUUUUUUUUAAACAUUUUCAACCAUGCAGUGUAGUUGUGUAUAAAAAAAAAAUCAACAUUCCCAUAAAGAUCUACUUUCUUUUCCAUUUUUACUCUUCACUGAUGUAACAUACAGUAGUUUACAAGGACUAUCAUUCACAUUACAGCUUUCUCCAGUCGUUGUGUUUUCAUAUUGGACGCGUGAAGGGAAAGUGCUCUGUGUCUACAAUCUCAAGAGGAAAUAAAAGCAAGAACACAACUGCUACUUGUGAUUACACACAAAAUAUGUGAACAGCAAAAACUUUCACUUCCUAUAUAUGCUCAACAUUUUUCAAAUACUGUCUGUAAACAUUUUCUAUUUCAGAUACUGUGUGCUUAAUAGUCUGAGGUCUCCCUACAGCUUUCAUGCAAAUACUGACAACCGUGUAACAAUAUGUAUUAAGUACAAGCUUCCAAGAAACAAACUCUUUCACAGCUUUGUUUUGACACAGAACCCUGUACAAAUAAAGGUUCUAUUAAAAAUAAGUAAAAAAACA